AGAUGGCCAGUUUCACAGUCUCGGUGAAGCAUUGCCAAACCCCGGUCUCAACUCAGUUACUGUUAUAAUCACGAUUUUUGUUUUAGAUCCAGCUGUGAAAGCAGAAGUUACAAGAAUGAAGGAUCAGCUACAGAGUUAUUCCUCGCAAGUAAUAGGGAGAACAAUUGUUUACCUAAAUGGUACGACUCAUGCUUGCCGUUUUCAUGAGUGCAACUUGGGAAAUUUAAUUUGUGACGCUGUGGUUUACAAUAACUUAGGACACCCAGAUGAUAGUGAGUGGAAUCAUGUUUCCAUGUGCAUUGUAAAUGGUGGUGGAAUACGGUCACCUAUUGAUGAACAAGCCAAUAACGGCAUUAUUACCUUGGAGGAACUGACAGCAGUUUUGCCAUUUGGAGGAACUUUUGACUUGCUGCAGAUCAAAGGUUCUACUCUAAGACAAGCAUUUGAGCACAGUGUUCAUCGACACGGCGAAGGCAAUGGGGAAUUGCUACAGGUCUCAGGCAUAAAAGUGGUGUAUGAUCUCUCCCAAAAGCCAGGGGAAAGGGUGGUCAGCUUAAAUGUUCUUUGCACAGAGUGCAGAGUACCAGCUUACGUGCCGCUUGAGAUGGAAAAGACCUAUAAAGUGCUUUUACCUUCUUUCCUUGCUGCUGGCGGUGAUGGAUACUACAUGCUAAAGGGGGACUCAAGUAACCACAGCAGUGGUAAUCUUGAUAUUUCCAUUGUCGGUGACUACAUCAAAAGAAUGGGAAAGGUUUUUCCAGCAAUGGAAGGUCGCAUAAUGUUUUCGGCUGGGACUUUGUUCCAAGCACAUCAUUCUUGACCUGGGGAUUAUGCAUUUCACUUUUAUAUUUCAUUCUUUAAUUUCAAACAUAUUUCAGACUCUUUGGUCAACAUUUAGUUCAUGCACUCUCGGAAGCCA